UGUUGGUGGGAUCAUUCCAUCUGUCUGUUUCAUGAAUGAUAUACCGGAAAACCCAAAAGACUCGUUUUAUAACGGACAUCUUUAUGUUACUGUUAAAGACAAGGUUUUCCAAGCCUCAUCUCCACUGCGACAUUCAACUGAAAGUGUGUCUUUGAUGCGACAGUGCUACUCAGAUGAUGAUGUAAAUCUUCGAACUCCGGUGCUCAUCCGUUACACUGAUGGUGGACCAGACCACAGGACAACAUACAAAAGUGUGAAAAUUUGUGCUCUAAUGGAGUUCAUUGCUCUUGACUUGGACAUGAUAGUGUGUGCACGAACGGCCCCAUGUGGCAGUUAUGCAAACCCAGCAGAAAGAACAAUGAGUCUCCUUAAUUUAGCUUUACAGAACGUAGCAUUGGAGCGAACUGCAAUGUCUCCAAAUUGCGAAAUGCAAAUUAAGUCAGUAAAUUCACUCAAAAGUCUACGAAACUUGGCAAGUAAAAAUCAGAGAAUUAAAGAAGAGUACACACAAGCAGUUGGUGCAACACUGAACAUUUUGAAAGAAAGAUUUAAACGUCUAAGUUGGAAAGGAGAAAGUGUAUGUGUGCAAGAGGCAGCUAGUCAAGAAGAGAUGAAUGCUUUGGUGGAGAUACUGAAAGUGCUGGAUGAGAAUAUUCAGUCAGACUCAAAUUUGUCAAAUCUGCAAUCUAAAGCAGUUGAUGCUUUCCUUGAGUCCCAUUCCAGAAGUCGUCAAUAUAUAUUUCAGAUCAAGAAGUGUUUGACAGACAACUGUGGGUAUUGUGUACUUAAUCCUCCCCGGCUUCCAGAUGAAGUAUUCCAGGGCCUGCAUUUUAUGCCAGAUCCAACAAAGGAUGAAAACGGGCAGUACAAAGGCUUUAAGGAUCUGUAUGGGACAGAAACUAAUGAUAUGGACAGGCCAAGUCUAAAAGGGAAAUCUGGAGAAUCAUCAGAAAGAGACAAGAAAUUCAAAGCUGUAUUGGUAGGAACAAAAGUAAGGGGAUUUGUGAUCUGCACUGAGUGUGGGAAGAGAAGGGGCAUUUAUGCAAGCAGAAAAUUGAACAGAAUGGAGGAAAGAGCGGUGGAACGGGUUCAAGAAGAAUUACUUUAUAUAUGUGGCAGUCCUUUAUUUCCUGGAGGCCAGUAUCAGGACAUCAUUCUGUGCAGACAGAACAUCGAUUGUUCAUCUCCAAUUGAGACACAGUAUUACGCAGGAGCAACACAGAUUUUUGAUGCUGUUUGCUUUCACUGUGGAGACUCGGAUGUUUCUAACUCUGAGGAAUUUAGGCGAUUGCAAGAAGAUUUCGCCAUUGUCCGGCCAAUAUGCCAAGCAUGUCUUCACGCAGGAAAACAAAUUUCUACCCGGAAUGCAAAAAAAACGCAGAAAAUGAUUUAUACUCAUACACUGAAUCCAAAUAAAUGAUAAACAAAAUUUUACUGUGUGAUUGAUUUUCAUUUUUAUCAUUUUAUUAAAAAAAAAAAAAAAAAAAAACCUCUUUUUGUGAAUUAUAUAUUUUUUAUUGUCUCGACUCAACAUAUUUUUAGCUUCUUUUUUUUUUAAUUUUAUUUCGCCCCCUCGACUCAAUAUUUUUGGAAAAAUUCCCGUUAAACAGAAAAUAAAAAAAACUCUGGCCUAAGUGUAUAUCAACCAUUUGACAUUGUCAUUUUAGGCCUAGAAUUCAGUUUAGGGUAUUGAAUAAUAGUAGAAAUCUUCUCAGGAUAACUAUUUUUUCUUCAAAGACAUGCGAUACAGUCAUGUAUUUUAUUAAAAUUUUAGUGGAAUAUCCCCACCGACUAUAUAACAUGUAUAAUAGUACUACAUACAUGUAAAGACGUACACAUGUAUCGUGUGAAAUUUCAAAUUACCUACCUAGGUUUUCUAUCACUAUUUGAUAUUUCCUAAUGGUUUAACACUAACACAGCAUUUCAUUAAGCAGUAACGUCUUAUAAAACAAUAGUCAAUUGUGUAUUCAUUAUUUAUACAUGUACAUCAUGUGUUUUUCAAUAUUAGGUUUUUCUGGAAGAAAGUGACAAUGGUAUCAUAAAAGAUGCUUCUUGCCAGUGUCCAAUGGGAGAAUUUAAAUGUCACCAUGUGGCAGCAACACUAAUGUUUGGUUAUAAGAGGGCAAGUAAAACGGACGUUAAGUGUAGUUGGGUCAAACAUCCCAAGUCAGCGCCACCUAAGGAAACAGUAACUAUGCAGGAGCUGUAUCCAUCAAAUCAGCCUAAUUACACGUACAUAUUUCAGUUAUGUUUUUGAUAUUGAUUAAAAUUAUGUUCUCCAUUAAACAACUAGUAUCAUUUGCAGAUUGCUCAAGCAUUACUUGAAUUUUUUUUUGUAAUCGAAGAAGUCGAGUCUGUCUGAUCCCUUAAAAAAAAACAAGAAAGUUUUAAGUUAUGCUUUUUUUUUUAUUUUUAUUUUUUUAUAAAUCAGAGCACUCAAAAGAGUUGUAAUGGAUGACGACAGGUUAUUUUUGCAUAAUCAACUCGGCCAAUUGGGGCACUUUACAGGUUGUUUUCAUCUCUCUGAAAACAGUUUCCUUGUUUAUGAGCAGUUUUCCUGCUUAGGACUGACCAAGAGUUUUGCAUGUCUUUUUUUAAUAGUUAUUAAUAAGAUUUACUUGACAGAUGUUGUUGACAGAUUUUAGUAUUGAUUGAUUUUAAUAUGUAUGCAGUAUUUGCAUUGUUUAUUCCAGAAUUAUUGACAUGUUUUAUUUUCCAUUAUUUGAAAUACUUUAAUAAGAAUUUCACUGAAAGUAUUGUAUUUGGAAGUAAUAGAUGAUUUGAACAUAUCUUAUUUUAUAAAUAGACAAAUGGAUUGGUUACAAGUUCUAGCAACUUAGAAGUAAAUGGGGAAAAAAACUCCUUGUUUAGUUUGUAAAGAUAAAUACAUUCAAUUC